CACAGAAAGAUUUUAAUGUUCGUCGAGAUGAGUCCGUGUGAUAGUCCCAAUAAAAAUUCAAAACUGGACAAAAAGUCCCUGACCCCUUUCAAAAAGGUGCGACGCAAGAAUUGGAAACAAGAAGCGGCCUACAAGUGUGGUACAGGGAAAAGCCAGGAGGUGUCCAAUGUCGGUGAAAGGUUUAUCCCAAAGCGCUUUGCGCGGGAGGAUAUUGAAUUCAACUUGAAGUACAUUGGCCAGCGAGAGGAGCGGGAUAUUCUGGAAACGGGUGUGACAUUGACGGCUAGCUACUGGCUGCAGAGCGGCUUUAUAGCCAAUAUCAAUAGCACAUUUGGGAUCCAGGAGCGGCGCCUGCUUCAGUUUAGCAUUCAGCAAAGGAACCGAUCCAUGGUGGUGGAGUGUGACUCUGCGGACUCGGACUGGCCAUGUAAUCCUCGUGCGCGACCCCAUGCCAUUCAGAAUGCCACCCAUGAGAUGCCCGGAAUUUGCAGUCCCGUCGAUUACAACUUAAUGGACUGGUCGUCCGGCGGCAUGGUAGCUAUGUCUUCCGGCCAGGACAUCAUGUUGUGGCGAAACCUGGACGAAAGUACCAUGGUGUUUAGUGUCGAGUCGCCCACUUCCCUCAAGUUCUCGCCGGACGGCAAAUACCUGGCCAUCGGCUGCAUGGAUAGGAACUACCCAGUCCUUGACCUCUGGGAGGUGAGGUCGCCGAUGGAGUUCUUAGUCUCUUAUCGAAAGUUGUUAUUUAAGUCCAUGGGCUGCAUAAGUUGCAUUGAAUGGUCUCACGACGGCAAGGAACUCACUUGUGGUACCUACUGCGGACUGAUCCUCUUACUGGCCAUGCCCAAUUUAAGAACGCUAAAGAGUUUCCGCGAGCACCGUCACAAGGUAAACAAAAUCAAGUUCGAUCCCACCCGAAAGUAUUUUGCGUCCAGCGAUACGGAUGGCCAAAUUUUCAUCUUUGAUGCCGUGUUGAAAAUUCGCCUUUUGAAACUUGGCGGCAGAGAAAUAAUCUUCGAUUGGCAUCCCUGGACCGGUGAGGACUUGGCUGUAGCGGAGCGGUGUCCAGCCUCUAUUUUUAUUUUCAACAUCCCACGCCGACAAUUUGUGGCCUCAUACAGGCGCAGGGAUGACAGGAUAGUAAUCAAGACAGUCACAUUUAGCAAGAUCACGGGCGAGCUGCUGGUUAACGUUAUAAGGCGUGAUGAUGAUUCGGACUUCGCGGUGUUUGAAAUUCUGGUGCUGGCCUCCUUAAACCGAGUUGUUGACUUGUUGUCCCACCAGGAACGCGGCACUCUUUUCCUGAUGUGGAGUCCAGAUGGAACCAACAUUGCCACGGGCGGCCUAGAUGAUACCUUUUCCAUGUGGAACUUCUUUCCCACCCACAAGCGAAAGGCCAUACUCCGAAAACAAGCGCAACAGGCCAAGGACAAAUGCAGCUCCUUGAGCCUGUAUAAAGGGAUUCGGUGAUCAGUUUAGAGAUUUUAUUCGUGUACGUGUCUGUCUUUUGUUUAAACCAAUUGUGCUUUUCAUUAUUUAUUCAAUUCAUAUUCCUUCCAUAAAAAUUCCAUUGGAUUUAA